GCAGUAUCCACCAAGGCAAAACACAGCGACAACUUUCUCUGUUCUCCUAACCGACAGGCUCUCGAUGACUGAGAUAUUCUGUAUAUUCUGUCUUGAGCGCACGGUACAGCCAGUAUGUUGGCCACCGUUACCCUCAGUUUACCAUGGCUACUGGUUCUGGUCGGCCAUAUUGCCUGGAGACAUUCAGCGGUUCUCCACCUCAACAUGGAGAAUUGACCCUUUCGUUCUGGCCUUAUCCAUCCAUAGAGUAAUCCGGAAGGUCACGUUUGAUUCUUCACUCCCUCGCAAGCGCAGUGUUUCCAAGACCACAAAUAGCGCAAUCACACACAAGACUGUGUCGACGCCUCGAAGCUGGGAAAUAUGUGAGAAUCAAACAAGAAAAAAACCCACUACAAGGCUUAUACCCCUGAAUGGCGAGCAAAAAACCCUCAGCGGUGGGGCUGGAACUGAGAAACCCCCA